AUGCCCAAAGAUAAAUCGAAUUCAGAUAAAUCAACUGGAAUUAAGAAAGUAAAGGGUGAGAAUUUCUACAGAGAUGCUAAGAAGGCGUCCAUGCUUAAGAUGUACUCUGGCGGUAAAGCUAAGAGAGACGCUAAUGGCAAAGUAAUUCAAUCUGCUGCCUUCCAAAAGACCGAGAAGGAGACGGAAGACGGUAGAGUUGCCCCUGAUAGACGAUGGUUCGGAAACACUCGCGUUAUCUCACAAGACGCUCUUAAUCAUUUCAGAGAGAGCCUUGCCGAGAAAUCUCAUGACCCUUAUUCGGUGGUUUUGCGUAGAAAUAAGCUUCCAAUGGGUUUGAUUCAAGAACCAAAUCUUGGGAAAGCUAAAGGUAUGGCAGGUAACCAUAUCGUCGACACGGAACCGUUUAGUGAUACUUUUGGUCCAAAUGCCCACCGCAAAAGACCAAAUAUCAACGUUAGCAGCUUUGAAGAGCUUGGUCAAGUUGGUGCAGGUGCUAUCACUGAGGACAGACUGGAUAGCUCUGCUCCAACUCCUUCACUCGACCAUAUCAAGAAUUUAAACAUGUCUGCCGCUGAAGCAUCUGGCCCUAUUGAUCUUGACAAGGUUGACGCUGAUCAAAUCCCGUUCGAUCUUGGUGACUUGAAGAACACCAACAGAGAAGCUGCGUAUCGUAAAGGUACAAGUAAACGUAUCUGGGCUGAGUUAUACAAGGUUAUCGACAGUUCUGACGUUAUCAUACACGUCUUGGACUCUCGCGACCCUGAAGGCACUCUCUGUCACAGCGUCCUCGAGACUGUCAGAAAGGAACGUUCACACAAGCAAGUCAUUCUUGUCCUUAACAAGGUCGAUUUGGUUCCAACUUGGGUCACCGCUAAGUGGGUUAAGCAUCUCUCAAGAACUUAUCCAACCUUGGCAAUGCACUCUAAUAUCAAUAACUCAUUUGGUAAAGGCGCCCUCAUUCAACUCCUCCGCCAAUUUUCCGUUUUGCACUCUGACAGGAAACAAAUUUCGGUUGGUUUGAUUGGUUAUCCUAAUGUCGGAAAAAGCUCUAUCAUUAACACUCUCAAAAAGAAGAAAGUUUGCAAUGUUGCUCCAAUUCCUGGUGAAACCAAGGUCUGGCAGUAUGUCGCUUUAAUGAAAAGAAUUUACAUGAUCGAUUGUCCUGGUAUCGUUCCAGCAUCUAAAAAUGACACGGAUACAGACACCGUGUUGAAAGGUGUCGUUCGUGUAGAAAAUUUGGCUACACCACCAGAGCAUAUCGGUGAACUUCUUAGAAGAGUCAGACACGAGUACCUUGAACGUACAUACCAAAUCAAGAAACCUGAAGAUGGUGUUUGGGAGGGCGAAAGAGGUGCCCAGGAUGUUUUAGAAAAGAUCGCCAAGCGCACAGGCAAGCUGCUCAGAGGCGGUCAACCUGACCAAAAUGCUGCCGCAAAAAUGCUUCUCAAUGACUGGAUCAGAGGCAAAAUACCGUUCUUCACUAAUCCACCUGGUAUCGACGCCGAGCCUGUGAUCAAGACUCUUCCUGAAGAACCUCAAGUCAAGCCUGCAGAUUGGAAGGGUAAGGGUAAGGCCAAUGAAAACGAUGAACAGGAUCCAAUCGAGUCUAAGAAGUUGAAGGGUGUUAGUCAGCCUAUCAAACAGAUCCCAGUUGCUACCAAGUUCUUACCUGAUGACGUAAAGGGACAUGAAGAUGCCUUUGAAGAUGAUGGCCAAGGUGAGCAAGCAGAUGGAGAUGCAGAUGACGCCGUAGCUAUCAACGAGGAAGAUGAGAUUGAAGAUGAGGAAGAAUACGAAGAGCCCCAAUUAGAAGACAUUGGAUGGGAUGAAGUCUUUGGUGGUAACAACGCACCAGCUGAAGAAUUAGAAGUAGAAUCAGCUGAAGAGGGUAGUAAUGAUGAUGAAUUCGCCAAACCAGCAAGAAAGGUCGAAUUUGCAGAGGAAGACGAAAAGAAGAAGGGCAAGGAACCACGUAUGACUACGAACAAGGGUAAAAAGUCUAACUACUACACCAAUGCUAACGUCAAGAACAAGAAUAAGAGCAAACAAAGACCAGAACCACCAGUGGAGGAGGUUGAGAAGAAGAAACGUAAAUCUGGUAGUCUUCGUAACACACAGAACAAGAAAAAGAAGUAA